GGCCUUAUAAAACUGCAUGAUCAAUUUCUACGCACUAAAUGCACAAUUACCUGACUCCAGACAGUCACUUAAAAAAGAAGACCUCCGACGGGCUUUGACUAUAAAAGAUUUUUUUUUUUUGGCUAGAGCUUUUACCUUGAACCUGCCAAACAUAGAGUAAAAUAGCACUGCCUCUUCGUUCAUUAUGGCCACCAACAAGUUGAAUACCUUAACUGUCAACUUCGCUAGUGCACCUUAUCAACGUGCUUUUACUACUAGUACCAGUCCUGUUGUAUUGUUUACUGUUCUCGAUCAUUUUUUACGUCGUGAUGAAAGUCAAAAGUUUGUAAUUGGUGCACUUUUGGGUGUUCGUAGUCAAGAUGCUACUGAAAUUGAGAUCAGAAAUGCUCUUCCCUUAGUCAGCACACCACCAAGGAGUAAAGAGGAGAACAAUAGUAGCAGCAUCAUUAAAGAUGAAAUCAAAAUGGAUAGAGAGCAUUUCCGUACCCUGUAUGAAUUGCAUCAACGAGUCAACCCAGACGAAACCAUUCUCGGCUGGUAUACUGCUGGUCCUGAAGUGACACCUACCGCCGCGCCCAUUCAAUCUUUCUUUGCCGAAGAUGUUUCGCCUUUCCAACCUAUUCAGCUUACUGUUGAUACUGAAGCACUCUUUAAAUCUUCUGAUAUGGGACUUCGUGCAUAUGCUAGUGCUCCUGUUGGCUUUAGUAAGGCAGGAGAUUGUAUGUUCUUGCCUGUCCCUUGUGAUGUUAAAUAUCUUGAUGCCGAGCGAAGUGGAUUGGACAUUCUUGCCUCUGCCAAAUCUGAGGAAACCCGUACUGCUUCUUUAAUUUCAGAUAUGGAUCAUCUUGAAUUGGCUAUUAAUAAGCUUCAAGAAAUGCUCGAAAGAAUCACAAAAUAUGUCGACAAUGUCCUUGAAGGAAAUGUCGAACCCAACAAUGCUAUUGGCAGAUAUAUUAUGGACACAGUUUCUGUUGUUCCCAAGAUUGAUAGUACAGCAUUUGAAAAGAUGUUCAACUCUCACUUACAGGAUCUUUUAAUGGUUGUUUAUCUCGCAAAUAUGACACGUACUCAACUCUCAGUUGCGGAGCGUUUACAAUUGUUGGUCAAUUAGAAAAGAUUGAAUUUCCUUUUUUUGGAUUAAAACAUGCCCAUUUUCUUUUUUUUCCCUCGUCUCCCUGUUUUGUGCUCUAACAGUCUUCUCUACGUACACCUGUUCCCUUCUUUUUUUUUUUUUCUU